AUGGGCCACUGCCACUUUAUUGCGUCUGUGGUCCUUUCCGUGUGCUGUCACGUCCUAUCCGCAACUGCAUGGUCGGUCAAUAACUUCCUGAUGACGGGACCAAAGGCAUAUCUUACAUACACAAGUAGUGUCCAGGCUGGUGCACAGAGUGGCAUACAGGAGUGUAAAUAUCAGUUCGCCUGGGACAGGUGGAACUGCCCUGAGAGCGCGCUGCAGCUGUCUACGCAUAACGGACUCAGAAGUGCUACGAGGGAGACGUCUUUUGUUCACGCCAUAAGUGCUGCUGGAGUAAUGUACACUCUCACAAAAAACUGCAGCAUGGGAGACUUCGAUAACUGCGGCUGUGACGAUUCCAGGGUUGGACAAAUUGGUGGAAGAGGAUGGGUCUGGGGCGGCUGCAGCGAUAACGUGGAGUUUGGGGAAAACAUUUCCAAGCAGUUUGUGGACGCUCUGGAGACCGGCCAUGAUUCCCGAGCUGCAGUUAACUUGCACAACAACGAAGCCGGGAGACUGGCAAUUAAGGCGACAAUGAAGAGGUCGUGCAAGUGCCACGGGGUGUCCGGAAGCUGCAGCAUCCAGACCUGCUGGCUGCAGCUCUCCGACUUCCGUGACAUCGGCAACUACCUGAAGGUGAAGCACGACCAGGCGCAGAAACUGGAUAUGGACAAGAGGCGGAUGCGCUCCGGGAACAGCGCUGAUAACCGGGGGGCGAUCGCGGACGCGUUCAGCACCAUCGCUCGGACAGAGCUCAUCUAUUUCGAGGACUCCCCGGAUUACUGCGCCAGGAACGUCAGCCUGGGACUGUACGGCACAGAGGGCAGGGAGUGUUUGCAAGGUGGCAAAAACCUGUCCCAGUGGGAGAGACGUAGCUGCCGGAGGCUCUGCCACGAGUGUGGGUUGAAAGUGGAGGAGAGGCGCACUGAGACUGUAAGCAGCUGCAACUGCAAGUUCCACUGGUGUUGCACAGUGAAGUGCGAAAAGUGCACGCAAGUCGUGACUAAAUACUUCUGCGCGAGGAGGGACAGGAACCGCAAACCACUGAACAGCACGCGGAGACGAAACCGUGCGCACGACGGUUGA